AUGUCAACCUCUGCAACUGGCCCAGUUACUACUACAACUGCGUCAACGGUAUACCAUGAUAGUACCACAGUGACAACAGCGCUACCCACUACCGCCACCAGCACCACGGUGUCCACUCAGUCUGCCACCACGACCGCCUCGACUUCCUCUGUCCCAACUACCACUGCUAGCACUGUUGGUACUACCACCGCUUCUACUACCUCUCCAGACGUGUCAACGAUCACUCAAUCAACCACUGCCACCACGACUGCAACAACAACUGCCAUCCCAACGACCACUGCCUCAACAACUGCUUCGACAACAUCCCCAAACUCUACCACGGCCACAACCUCAGUCCCAACGACGACUGCAUCCACCACCGCCUCGACCACCUCGCCAGAUGUAUCCACUAUCACCCAGUCCACCACUGCCACUACAACAGCCACAACCUCUGUACCAACGACCACAGCCUCCACUACAGCCUCUACAACAGCCUCCACCACUUCGCCAGAUGUUUCCACUAUCACUCAGUCCACCACGGCUACUACUGGCACAACCUCCACCCCUACUUCGACCACGGCAUCGACCACUCAGGUCAUCGUUAUCACAACUUCAGUUGUGAACAACAGGUUCUCCAUUGCUGGUUACAUCUGGGACGCCACCGGAGAUCCAGCUGUUAAGCUUGACAAGACAAAGGGCCUCAGAGGAGUGAUGAAAUUGUUUGAUAUUGAUGGAAACAGAGUAGACGAGAUCACUUCCUUUGCCGAUGGAUCCUACAUGUUUGUAGACCUUGCUCCAGGUACAUACUGUAUCCGUGGACCCUCCGACAUUGCCAACUACAAGUAUGCCCCACAAAAGGGUGACAACGUCUUCCUCAAUGGCAAGGAUGAAACCUUCUCAGUCAGUGGUUUCGUUUGGGAUGACUCUGAGGAUGACCAAGGCAUUUUGGAUUUGAACAAGCCUGAAGAAAUGGGUUUGACACUCCUGGAUUCCAAUUCCAAUGUGAUCAGUGUGUCCAACUUCACAGGAAACUACACAUUUGACAACCUAGAUGCUGGUGACUAUUGUUUGAAAGCCGCCCAAUCCACUUUUGACAACUACGUCAACGGAUCCGCCAAAGGUGAUAGUGUCUUCAACCAAUCCAAGUAUUGUUUCACUCUUGGACCAAAUAUCACCAACGCCCACUUGCGUAUCACCAAGAUGGUCCCAUUCUCUGUAAGAGCAUGGGAUGACUCUGAGGUCAAUCAAGGAAUAUUUGAUGAAUCAAAGACUUUAGCUCACAUUAACUAUACUUUCAUCAAUUCUGAUGGUGUUGAACCAUACACAGGUCUCUACACACCUUUUGCCAAGUAUCUCGUAGCUGCCCCCCGAGGACGCACAUGUGUCAGUCUGUUACCACCAUUUGUGGCCAAAUACAGCAGAAAAAAUUUAGAAUUAACUGCUCUCUACACCCGCUCUACUGUGCGCAAGAAUGACAAUGUCUAUUUCGAUGACAACAACCAGUUCUGCUUCGACCUCCAACCCAACAAGACAAUCACCGACCCGCUCGAUCCAAGUGUAUUGGACAUAUAUGCAGUUUCUGGAUUCGUUUGGGAUGACUCUGAGGAUGACCAAGGCAUUUUGGAUUUGAACAAGCCUCAAGAAAUGGGUUUGACACUCCUGGAUUCCAAAUCCAAUGAGAUCAGUGUGUCCAACUUCACAGGAAACUACACAUUUGACAACCUAGAUGCUGGUGACUAUUGUUUGAAAGCCGCCCAAUCCACUUUUGACAACUACGUCAACGGAUCCGCCAAAGGUGAUAGUGUCUUCAACCAAUCCAAGUAUUGUUUCACUCUUGGACCAAAUAUCACCAACGCCCACUUGCGUAUCACCAAGAUGGUCCCAUUCUCUGUAAGAGCAUGGGAUGACUCUGAGGUCAAUCAAGGAAUAUUUGAUGAAUCAAAGACUUUAGCUCACAUUAACUAUACUUUCAUCAAUUCUGAUGGUGUUGAACCAUACACAGGUCUCUACACACCUUUUGCCAAGUAUCUCGUAGUUGCCCCCCGAGGACGCACAUGUGUCAGUCUGUUACCACCAUUUGUGGCCAAAUACAGCAGAACAAAUUUAGAAUUAACUGCUGUCUACAUCCGCUCUACUGUGCGCAAGAAUGACAAUGUCUAUUUCGAUGACAACAACCAGUUCUGCUUCGACCUCCAACCCAACAAGACAAUCACCGACCCGCUCGAUCCAAGUGUAUUGGACAUAUAUGCAGCAAUGGUCAGACCAAGGAUAUCUGGCUUCGUUUGGGAUGACUCUGGAAAGAAUGAUCAGAAGGGAAUACUCAAUGUGUCAAAUCCAAGACCAGACAUCACUCUCUCUUUGCGCACAAAGGAUGGAGUUGAAGUAGCGAAGAAGACAGUGACUGGAAACUACUCGUUCACUGAUGUCCCAGAUGGAGAUUACUGUAUCUGGGCGACCGGCGCAUACGCAGAUUGGGUAUAUAAUCCUGCUAUUGGAGACAGUGUGUACAACGCAUCUAAAUACUGCUUCACAUUUGCUUCAAAGAAUAUCGACAAUGUUCAUCUUGGUGUCACCAACCUAAUGUCCAUCACUCUUAGAGCUUGGGAUGACACAUCAGUCAACCAAGGAAUAUAUGAUGAUGUCAAGGUACUUGCUGGAAUACAAUUCCAUGUUGUUUCAUCAGAUGGAUACAUCAGAUAUCCAAAUGGUGCAACAAUAUCUGGUGUAAUUAUAUUGAACUCACCGCAAGGUCCUACAUGCUUCCAACUCGAUCCCAUUGAUGGCGCAUAUGGUUUAAACAGAGAAUACAUCCAAUCCUCCAUGUUCCAGAACAACAACACUCAAUUCGAUUCCAAUGGAAGGUACUGCUUUGACCUACAAGUUUACAUUCCUGGUGAGGAUCCCAAUCUAACAAGAGCACCACAAGAUGCUAGAGUUGCUAUGGUCAAGAAAUGA